AUGACCGCCACAGACCCAGGAUUGGAUAUCGACACCAAUCAGCUGCAGCACUCGAAGUGGAGAUACGCAUCAGUCGUGUUCGCCUCGUUCCUGAUCAACUUCACAGCAUGUGGUCUUCUCUUUGGCUUCGGCGUCUACCAAGAGCACUACGAAACCAUGGUCCCCACGCCAGGCACUCCCUUUACCGGCGCCUCCUCGGCUACCAUUGAUCUCAUAGGGACUCUGUCGGCCUCGCUGAUGACGAUAGUGGCCCCCUUUGUUAUGGCAUGGACCAAAUACUUCGGCCCUCAACCUGUCGUUUGUGCCGGCGGGGUGCUAUUUGGUAUCGCGUCCAUCCUGGCAAGUUUUGGCAAAGCCCUUUGGCACUUUCAGCUUACACAGGGACUGCUGCUGGGGCUUGCGACGGGUUUCUCGUUCGUACCGUCCAUGACAGUUUCCCCAACUUGGUUCGAUAAGCACCGAGGUUUGGCGAUGGGCAUAGUAUCUGCGGGGACGGGCAUUGGCGGCCUCGUUUGGGCGCCGGUAAUUUCGGCCUGCAUUGCUGGUAUGGGCUUCCGCAAUACGUUGCGGCUAACCGGGUGUGUCUCUGCUGCACUCAUCUGCCUCUCGGGGUCUCUCCUCGACUGGGAGGUAUCCAUGGCGAAGCACCUCUCGGCCCAGAACGAGACCCUCUCCCCCACGACCGCCCUCUUCAGGAUUCCACUUCCCAGCUGGGGAACCGCCAAACAACGGCUUUUUAUCGCGCAAGCUGCUAGUACGCUGUUUCAAAGCGCCGCCUAUUAUACCCCUGUUUUCUUCACCGUCAUCUACGCCAAGGCCUUGGGGUACGAUGAGAGGGAUGGUGCGAACCUGACGGCCGUGAGCAAUGCUUGCAAUGCCAUUGGCAAAAUUGCCGUGGGAUUUAUCGCAGACAGGCUGGGCAGGCUCAAUUCGUUCUUCCUGACAACUUGGCUCAGUGCCUUUGUUUGUUUAGGCCUCUGGGUUCCCAGCACGUUGAUCGGGGCCAACGACGAGGCAGUGGCCAGGAAUCUCUUCAUCAGCUUUACCGUCCUGUACGGACUGUUCGCGAGCGCGUUCAUCAGCCUGUUUCCAGCGGCCCUUAUCGAGCUAUUCGGUGUGGCGGAACUUCCACGGAUUGCAGGCGCCAUCUAUAUGUUGCAGGGAUUGGCCGCCCUUGUGGGCACGCCUGUCGCUGGUGUGCUUGUUCCGGGACACGGGGUAUCUAGUGAUCCUGGCAGCUACGCCGCCAUGGCAUCGCUGGUCGGCGCCUUGAUGGCUUCGGCUGCUGUCGCAGUUACUGGAGUGAGGCUUGGGGUCAUGAAAGGGGACGGUGGGUGGGCUUGGAGGUGA